AUUCUGUUCAUUUCCACCACGGCACGGAUACUGCCCCCGCCGCCUCAUUGGGACUCCUCAUUGAGCAUUGAAUAAGAACAGUUGCCGCUACAGCGCUGCUUCAGGUCGAUUUGAGGAGGAAGAUGGAGAUCCUCGAAUCGACCCUGUUGGGCGAGUUCAUCGGCUUCAUCAAGGGGAACUGGUCAGCGCACUCGCGGGUUGACCAGCGCCGGCGCCGCCUGCGCCAGCUGGUCUCGAAGGUGCGCAUGGUGGUGGACGCCGCCGAGGGCAAUGCGGGGGCGGCCGUGCGGGACGAGUCGUUCUCGGCCUGGCUGCAGGUGCUCCGAUCCGAGGCGCUGCGGGGGCAGGAGGUGCUCGACGCCGCGGGCCGCGCCGCGGCCGUCGCGAGCUCCGCCCGCCGCUUCCUCGCGGGCUUCAGGGCGCUCUUCGUCUGCAGCGACGAGGUGGACCGCCUCACGGAGGCCGUCGAGGAGCUCGAGCGCCUGGCGGGGCCCGGCGGCGACCUCGACAUGUUCGUCAGGGUCCUCAGCCUGGACGCCGCCCGGACCGCCGCCACGCAGGAGGACAUGGACGUCGACGGGCGCCCGGCACCCGGCGCUCGCCACCGACGGGAGGGGAGCGGGUGCGCGGGCUCCGUCGCGGCCCUCCUCCCCUCGCCCGGCGCCAAGAGGAAGCGCGCGUGCGGCGGCGGCUCGACGUCGCGUGGCGAGGACGACGCGGUGCAGCCGCCGAAGCGGCGGCCCCUGGUGUGGAUGCGGUCGCACCGGUGGCCCCCGUCCGGCUUCGGCAGGGUCUCUUCCGCACCUCGUGAGCCGCCGCCGGCGGCGUUCCCUCGCUCGCGUCGCGCCCAGACGGUGGCAUUGGCGAUGUCUAGGAUCCGACGCCGCAUCGGAAAGCCAACGACGACGAGGCACCGCCGGGAGCCCAGCCUCGGGCAGCAUUUCUCGCGGAUUACGUUGUAGGCGAGGAACCGACGGGGUACGCUAUCGCCCAUGAUCUUAGUGCAUUUUGCAAAAUUAUGGGAUUCAUCUAGCAAUUAGUGGACGGAAUUUUAGCCUACUGGUAGUUCAUCUUUAAAUGAAUUUUGUUUAGAAUCAAUGAACCUAGCACUAGCAGCAGCUGCAGACUAGUAGUACUCGGUUAGUUUGUGAUAUUUUGGUAGAUUCAAGCUACACUUGUCACUCGUGAGCUGUGACUCCAGCAGUAUCAGUGCUGAUUCUACUGUUGACUGGCUGUUGACUGUGACGGACCGAUGGAUAACGUCAGGAUCUUCUUGUCGUGC